GUGUCAGCAUUAUGUUCGCCAGAAUGAAAUUGAAUUUAAAUAUUUUUACUGUGGUUUCGAACUAAUUAGGUCAGACUUAAACGGUUAGAAGAUUAUAAAACUUAAUAGACCGGAUUAUAUAUUAGCAUUUAAAAAAAUCUAACCCCCACAUGAGGAAUUCUUGGAGAGAGAUUAUAUAUUAAGGGGUCUUGUUGUGUGUAUAAGUCAAAAUAUAUGUGCAUAAGAGAAGUGUCUUCUCUAGCUAUCCCCUUCCUUUCCACUUUCAAAUUUGAAAAAUUUUCCUUAAAAAUUGCAACCAUGGAAGCUUCACAGCCUCUUUCCAUUGAAAGCUUCUCUUACAGUUGGUUAGUGAACUUAAAGCCAUCACUAGAAAGCCUAGAUAGCUCCUUUAGAAUUCCUCUUGAUGCAUAUGAUGAAGCUUCCUUCAUUGAGAUGGAUCCAAGAAUGCCACCAUCUAAGAGAUUCUUCAAGAUCUCACAUGAUUCCAAUUCCAACAUAUUUGAUUUUCCAACUUCACAAUCCCCUCUUAGUACUCUUGUUCAUGCAGAUGAACUCUUCUCCAAUGGUUACCUCAUGCCUUUUUUUGUUGAAUCUUUGAAGAUGGAAGAGUAUGAAGCCUUGGACUCCAAUAUUACAAGUCUCAAACCAUCUUCUUCGCAUGCACCGAAAUGCGUGGUUCCUCUUGUUCAUUCUAGAUGUUCUUCUUUGAAAAGAUGUAGAACAUUAUCAAGGAGAAUAUUUUAUAAGUAUCUGAAUUUCUUAAGGUCUUUGUGUAGAAGAAGAUCAAGCGGUCACAAAUCAGGUUCUAAUGGUGCUAAUAGAGGUGAGGGUUUGAUGAAUAGGAGAUACUAUAAUUCAGAAUCAUCUCCAAGAAUCAGUGUAGCUUUUUCUGCAGAUGAUUGGAGAAAGUCUUGUGAUUCUGAAAGCUCAAUACAUGAGGCAGUUCUUCAUUGCAAAAGAUCCAUAGAAAGAAUGAGUUAAGGAUGCUGGUGAAGAGAAAUGAGAUGAGAAACAUUUAAUACUAUGAUGAAAAAAAUGAUGCCACUUUAUUGUUGUAGUUAAGGUUUUUCACUUCUUGUGGAAACUUUUUAUUUAAUUUUUUCAAUUGGUGGCAUCAUAUGGUUCAUGAUAGGACAAGUCAAUGGAGUAAAACAAAAUUCAAAAAAAAGAAAGGAAAGAUGAAGAGAAAACAAUCCCAUGUGAGGUGAAGAAGCAUGAGACCAAAACAUCAUCAGCCACUCAUGUUGUCUCAAUCUUAUUUGCUUUAAGGAUAUGUGGUUGGUCGGUCAUUAUUAGAAAAAAGAAGAAGAGAUAGAGUUCAAUUUUAUCUUUUAAUAAUCUUGUUGAUAUAGGGAGGAACACUUUGGCACUAGACGAGAAUCUUUUUUUUCUCUCUAUCUUAAUAUGUAUAGUUCCUUUAGUAA